GCCUGCCAUGGAACCUAUUAUCCGUUUUCCAUUUACCGACCUUCCAGUUGAGCUGGCCUUCAUGCUCCUCGAAUAUGCCGCACGACCGACUUUUGACCAGGCUGACCUAUACGAUGCUAGAAGUCCAUAUUCAUCUGCGCUUGCACUCUGUCGUGUCUCUAAAAUUGUCAGGCGCGUCGUACUUCCCGAACUCCUGCACACCAUAUUACUGCCGGACUUUCGGCACGUAGAAAAGUUUGUUCAUGCUCUACGUAUGCAGAAAGUGUACGGGGAGAAAGGAAACGACCUCCAUUUUGAGUACGCACCUCGUGUACAAAAAAUGUGGAUUGUAUCUCAUGGUGGGAAUCUCGCACCAGCUCACCUGCCCCAUGCAUCCCGGGCCCAUACACCAAAACCGUCUAGAUCGCCGCUUGACAUCAGCCUCCUAGCUCCGAUACUACUUGCUGUACCGUCCCUUGCCCUUGGCUGGACAAGUCUGGACAUUCUCGUAGAAUGCCUGGAACAUGUAUGGAAGUUCCGUGCAGCCACACAUGUCGACGACGAACAUCCCCCGCUUCCCUGGAAAACACAAACUCUAACGCUAUCGUGUACGCCCCCCAUCACUGGGCCACAGUGGGAGCGUCUCACAGACACUCCCCAGGGAUCUGCUUUCCUUGGUUCAAUUUCUCAUCUCUCGGCCAACCCACACGUAUGCGACUACAAGUCUCACACAACAGACUUAUAUCGGGACUACCAGCUGCCCCUAUGGAUGGAAAUCACUCCAUGGGCUUUUUUCAAGAGCCUUCAAACCGUCUUCCUGUCGUAUCCGCGUAUCGCAUCCUCCGUCGAUCCAUUUGCGUUGAUCUUCACGGGAAUCGACUCGUACGUGGAACUGCUGACGUUGUCUGCAUCCCUGCUGAGGGACCACUGCGACUGCAUUCCAAAGGAAAUCAAGGGGUUUGCAGAUAUUGGUCCUGGAGAGGAGUGUAUUCAAUCGGAUGAUGUUCGUUUAAAAGUGUCUGAUUCUCGGAUAUGCUGGUAUACUCGUGAUGGGUGGGAAAAAGUUUGGGCGUGCAUGUUGUGAAGCUGGCUAGAGGUAUUAUAACUUAUGACUGAUAUUCACAUAGAAUAAUAUAGUAUAAUAGUAUGUUACUGUACAUGCUGGCACGUACACUUUCGAGUUUCGACACCUAAUCCUAAUUGAUUCUUCAUGUACAUAAUGAUUCGUGGAUGGAUCCUGUCCCGCUACUUUGUAGCAACUCUCAGAUCCCAUGCAUCAUGGUCCAUGCAUGAUACAUAAUGUUAGGGUUUCAGAAGAACCGG